AUGGGUCGAACCCAUUUCGGCAACGCCCGUGCCAUGUAUCAUCUAAGCGGUGAUCCCAAAGCCCGCUUAGGCGAGGAAGUUGGCGAAGAGCUCAACGGCGGCAAGCAUAGAUCCGAAAACAGGCGACCCAUCUCUAAGAUGCGGUCGACAGUUGUCCGGCGGGCGAUUGAGCUCGCUCACAGUGAAACCAAGCAGGACGUCGACGGUCGAAAAGAUGGCGCGGACGAAGACGAACUAAAUAAUGGCGGGGACAAACCCGUCGCGCUUAACGGCGAGCUGGUUACUCUUCUUGCUGAUAGAUUCAAAAGCCGCCGUGGCCUCAUCGAGGACGAUAGUGUUGGAGAAAGACCAGGACUACUGAGACGUCUAGGCAAGGAUGCAGGCGAGUCUGGGCUGGUUCAUAAGGCAACAACAAAGUCAGACGGCGAGGAAGAAGCCGAGGAUGGUGAUAAUGUUGCCAAGCUUUUCCGACAUGCUGCCCUGGACAGCAGUGAUAUCGCCAUGAGGACGACUCAAGACCUGGCUUGA